GUGCGGGGCGGGCCUGGCGGCGGCGGGCUACGGGAAGAGAGAACCCGAGUGUGAGCGACUGUAGGAGCGGGGUGUCGGCAGCCCGGCCGGCCAUGGUGGGCCUCAAGGACGAGCUGCUGAAGGCCAUCUGGCACGCCUUCACCGCGCUCGACCUCGACCGUAGCGGAAAGGUCUCCAAGUCGCAGCUCAAGGUCCUUUCUCAUAACCUGUGCACAGUGUUAAAUGUUCCCCAUGACCCGGUGGCCUUGGAAGAACACUUUAGGGAUGAUGAUGAAGGACCAGUUUCCAAUCAGGGUUACAUGCCUUAUUUAAACAAAUUCAUCUUGGAAAAGGUUCAAGGGAACUUUGAUAAAGUUGAAUUCAACAGAAUGUGUUGGACUCUGUGUGCUAAAAAGAACCUCUCGAAAAGUCCUUUGCUGAUCAGUGAUGAAGAUGCAUUUAAAGUCUGGGUUAUUUUUAACUUCUUAUCAGAGGACAAGUACCCUUUAAUCAUUGUACCUGAGGAGAUUGAAUACUUGCUUAAAAAGCUGACAGAAGCAAUGGGAGCAGGUUGGCAGCAGGAGCAGUUUGACCUCUACAAGAUUGCCCUCAACACCAGCCGGGAGGGCCUGUCUGCUUGGGAGCUGAUCGAUCUCAUCGGGAGCGGGCAGUUCAGUAAGGGCAUGGACCGACAGACCGUGUCCAUGGCAGUUAAUGAAGUCUUUAACGAGCUCAUCUUAGAUGUACUCAAACAGGGUUAUAUGCUGAAAAAAGGUCACAAAAGGAAAAACUGGACAGAACGAUGGUUUGUACUAAAACCCAAUAUUAUUUCCUACUAUGUAAGUGAAGACCUAAAGGACAAGAAGGGAGACAUCAUUCUGGACGGCAACUGUUGUGUAGAGGCCUUGCCUGACAAAGAUGGAAAGAAAUGCCUUUUUCUCAUAAAGUGCCUUGAUAAAAGCUUUGAGAUCAGUGCCUCUGAUAAAAAGAAGAAACAAGAGUGGAUUCAAGCCAUACAGACCACUGUGAGCUUGCUGCGAGCGGGGAGCCCUCCGCCCCACAAAGAAGCACGCCAGAAACGGAAAGAACUGCGCCAGAAGCUCUUGGCUGAGCAGGAGGAAUUGGAGAGGCAGAUGAAGGAGCUGCAGGCGGCCAAUGAGAACAAGCAGAAGGAGCUGGAGACUGUGAGAAAGCAACUGGAAGCAGCAGCUGCCCGUGCUGCCGAGGAGGAGAAGAAGAGGCUUCAGACCCAAGUUGAGUUACAGGAUCGCUUCAGUCUGGAGCUGGAGAGAGAGAAAAUGGUGAGGCAAAAAAUGGAAGAGCAAGUUGCUCAGAAAUCAUCUGAACUGGAACAGUAUUUACAGAGGGUACGUGAACUGGAAGAGAUGUAUAAGCAGCUCCAGGAAGCUUUGGAGGUUGAGAAACAGGCACGUCAGGAUGAAGAGACUGUAAGGAAACUUCAAGCCAGAUUACUGGAAGAGGAGUCAGCAAAGAGAGCUGAACUGGAAAAAUGGCACUUGCAGCAGCAGCAGACCAUUCAGAUGACGGAAGCAGAGAAGCAGGAGCUAGAAAACCAGAGAAUGAUAAAGGAGCAGGCUCUUCAGGUUGCUAUGCAGCAACUGGAACAGCUUGAACUGGAAAGGAAAGAGGCCCUUGAGCAAUAUGAGGAGGUUAAAAAGAAGUUGGAAACGGCAGCUAAUAACACCAGGAGCUGGAAAGACAAAGUAGCUCAUCAUGAGGGAUUAAUUCGACUAAUAGAGCCAGGUAAACAAGGCUCCAAGAAUCCACACCUCAUCACAAACUGGGGCCCGGCAGCCUUCACUGAAGCUGAACUGGAGCAAAGAGAAAAGAGCUGGAAAGGGAAAAAAGCCUCUUCUGAGUAAUGAAAAUAGCUGACAUACUGCUUGUGAACAGAAAUCCACCUUUGUUCACUCUGCUUUGCUCAGAACAGCUUAUUGCUCUUUUGAAGAUGCUAGUUUACUCAGCAGGAGGGCCUUUCUACAAAGGAAAUACUGUUUACCACGCAGAAGUGUCUACUAAGAGCUCAGUAACGACACCACUAUGUGCUGUCUGGCAGUACUUGCUGUUUUCCUUCACCUUAACAGAUAUUCUGUUUCUUUAUGCAAGACUUUUCUACUGAAGAUUUUUUAUUUAAGUGUAGGCUGUGACAGGAUGGUUUCUAUAUUAGCCUGUAACAAUCAGCGUCUAACCCAUCAGGCACCAUCACUCAUUUCAAACAGCAAGGGAAGCAAUUGCUGUACUGGUUCAGUUAGUA